AUGACGGGGAAAGUAGUGGAUCCUGAUGUUAAUUUUAAACGGUCAUGUGCUACGGCUACAUCUUGUGGAAUAAAUACUGCCAACACCAAGGUUGAACCAACAAUUAUGAAAUCCAUCCAUGAAAUUAGUAAACAGGCUCUCCGUUCAACUAAGAUGGAGUUUAAUCUAUUGAGUUGUAUACGUAAAUCACCUGACUGUUCUGGUGAUUUACCAACUGUCCCUAGUAUAAUUGAUGAAUUAUUGAAAAUGGCUUCUGAGGAUGUGGUUCAGAAUUGGUGUUUUCCUAAGGGAUAUUUUCUUCGACUAACAGCUCAGAUAAGUGAAGCAGGAACUUUCUUACUACCCAAAAGAGAAACGAUCACGUUCCUUAAAAGACGAAUAAGGAGCUGCAAACCACGUGAAUCCUAUGCUACAAUAGAGGAUACUGUAACACCACUCCCGACCUUAACAAAAUUAAUUCAGAAUCCAGCAUUGCAUUGGGAUUUCGAGCUUGACACAUUUCAAAAACGUGCAAUUCUUUGUCUUGAAAACAACAAAACAGUAUUUGUUUCAGCACAUACAUCGUCUGGUAAAACGGUGAUUGCAGAAUACGCAUGCGCUAUUUGUUUACGUCGUGGUUCACGUGUCAUCUAUACAAGUCCAGUUAAAGCACUUUCCAAUCAAAAAUUUCAUGAUUUUAGGGAAAGAUUUGGUGAAAAUGUAGGACUAAUUACUGGUGAUAUCAAACUAGCUCAAGAAGCAUCACUACUUGUCAUGACCACUGAAAUAUUAUAUAAUAUGUUGUGCAAUGCAUCUGAGAUUAUCAAAAAUCUUGAAAUUGUAAUCUUGGACGAGACUGAGGCUGUUAUCGUGCGUGCGAUCGAAAAACCAGGAGCUAUCAAAUAUGAGUCAGCAGCAAUUGAUGUUGUUUUGGAUGCCUCCCUCUCAAUUGUUCCUCGUGAGACUUUGGCCAAUUGGACUGGCUCAACUGAAAUUGGCAUUAGUUCUUCGUCAAGUACUGAAAGUUUGAAUCAUGGUAAGAGGGUAGAUAUAAAUAGGAAAACAAAAGAGCUGCUGGAAAAAAGAAUUCGAAAUUCCAAACCUCAACCGUCAUACAUCUUUCAGGAGGAUACCACUUGUGAACUCCCACCUUUAACUGAACUUGUCGACAACCCGGCAUUCAAUUGGGAAUUUGAACUAGAUACCUUUCAAAAACAAGCUAUUUUGUGCCUUGAGCGUAAUCAAACAGUCUUUGUAGCAGCCCAUACUUCAGCUGGGAAGACAGUUGUCGCAGAAUAUGCUUGUGCUCUCUGUCGACGUCGGGGCACAAGAGUUAUCUAUACGAGUCCGAUUAAAGCUUUAUCGAAUCAAAAGUUUUAUGAUUUCAGACAGACAUUCGGAGAUAGUGUUGGACUAAUUACAGGUGAUAUCAAACUGGCUCCCGAAUCUACAAUUCUAAUAAUGACCACGGAAAUUCUGCAUAACAUGUUGUGUAACGAUGCUGAUGUUAUCAGAGAUCUGGAAAUAGUCAUUAUGGACGAAGUUCAUUAUGUCAAUGAUGUGGAAAGAGGUCAUAUAUGGGAACAAAUUAUGAUAAUGCUGCCUAAACACGUGUUAUUAGUUAUGUUAAGUGCAACAGUUCCUAAUAAACUUGAUUUUGCUGAUUGGUUAGGACGUGUACGUGGAACUGAAGUUCAUGUAGUUGCAACUAAUAAACGUCCAGUUCCAUUGGAACAUUUUCUUUUUACCGGUAUGGAUGGUCAACGUAGUAAAGAUCAUCUUCAUCUAAUUGUAGAUCAAGCUGGUCAAUUCAAUUUACCAGGUUAUAAACAGGCAAAUCGUUUGCUUAGCGGCGAAAAAGAUGUUGACAAAAAGAAACCUACUGAAAAUCCGGCAAAUCCAUCGAAUGCUAAAAACGUACCACGAAAGAAUACUGGUGGUAAAGUGAAUACUCCAGGUCAUUUCCGUGCAUUACCACCAACUAAUGGAAUAAGUGUACAUGAUCAUCGUACCAAAAAUUUAUGGCUUGGAGUAAUUCACCUUCUUCAAGAGCGUGAUCUUAUGCCAACUAUAGCAUUUGCCUUUUCUCGAUCAUCAUUGGAAACUCUGGCUGGUCAUUUAUCUUCAGUGGACUUGUUAAAUUCAAGUGAAAAACAACAAGUUAAAAAUUUUCUACAUUGUUCUGUCACUAAACGAUUAAAAAGAUGUGAUCGUCAACUUGCUUCAGUUCAGUUUAUUAGUAAAUUAGCUGUUAGAGGAUUAGCUGUUCAUCAUGCUGGAAUGUUGCCUAUUUUGAAAGAGACAGUGGAGAUGUUAUUUCGACGUGGCUUAAUCAGAAUCUUAUUUGCUACUGAAACAUUUGCGAUGGGUGUAAAUAUGCCGGCUCGUUGUGUAAUCUUUACUACAUUAGAGAAGUUUGAUGGUCAAAAACGUCGUCCUUUAAAUUCAAGUGAGUAUACACAAAUGGCUGGGCGUGCAGGUCGUCGUGGUUUAGAUGCUUCCGGUUCUGUAAUUAUUCUACUUGGUGGAAUCGGUAAAUCACUUACACCAGGUAGUUCGGGUUUACCAUCUGAGCAUACACUGUGUGAUAUUAUUCUUGGAAGACAAACUCAAUUAGUUUCGAAAUUUAAAAUCACCUACUCUAUGAUAUUACAUUUACAUCGAACUAAUUGGUUAACUCCACAGGAUGUAAUGCGACGAAGUUUCAUGGAAGCAGCCAAUCUUAGACGUGAACUUGACCGUAAGCAAUGGUUGUCAGCUUUACGCAAAAAACUCGAUGAAACAACUACUCUUAUACCACCUGCUGGAUUAUUAUCAAAUAUACCUCAUCAAAUUGCUCGUAGUUCGAAUAGUAAAGUUACAGUAUCUAUGAAUAAUAUUUCUCGUUUAUCUGUACCAAUCGGUGAACCUAUUUUACAAGUGAAAUGCCCUUUUGGUCAAAUAAGUUGUUGUGAUGCAAUGACUACUUAUUAUCAGGCCUGUUGUAAUUAUCAAAAGCUUACAUCAUCCAUUGUCCGUUUACUUUCUGAAGAAAAUCUAACUGAUCUACAAAGAGUCUUUUGUCCAGGUCGUAUAGUAUUUAUUAAUUUGCCACAAACUGAUAAUUCAUCAUUGUAUAAUAAAGUAACAAUAAAACAACCCGAUUGGUUAGUACCAGGUGUUUUGGUUAAUUUAACAAAGAAAAAAAUCAAGAACGAAAGUGAAAUACAAUGCGAUAUUAUCACUUGGGAAUUGUCUAAUUUACUAAAUCAUUCUAGAUCAUUUAAAAAGUGUAAUCAUCAAUCGAUAAAUCAGACCGUUUCAGUGAAUGAUGUAAAUGAUAAAAAACAAGAAAAUAUUAACAAUAACACUACUCAAUUCAAUGAAUUUGAUGAAGAGGAUAUUUUGAAAGAAGGUGAAGAUGCUCAACUGUCUAAUACACCAUAUCCUCCACAAUUAAUGCCUGUUUAUACACCUGAGUCAAUGGAAGAUGGUUAUGCUCGUUUAACGUUAUUAUCCAAUUUGUCUAUUCGAUCAUUUGUACGAAUUACUGAUCAUGUUUUUACUGUAAAACAAUAUUGUAAUAAUACUGUAAAUAAUGCAAAUAUAACGCCAUCAGAAUUAUUACUUCGUGGCAUUAAACGUCAUCGUCAGCAAAUAGCAGCUAAACAAGCUGUUCUUAUGGAUGAAUUAAAUGCGAAUUUAUUUAAUCUUGUAAUUUCAUUGAUGCCAGAAUCUUCUAUGUCUCCGAUGUUUGGUCUACCAGUUAACUGCCCUACUAAAGUUGACUUAAGAACAUCAUUGAAAUUCAAAGGAAUUUCAGAGGAGGAUGCUUGUGUGUUUGAUGAACACGCUUUACUCAGUGAUGAACUAACAACACCACUUCUGACAUCGGUUAUUACUCAGCGUUUGGCUCCAAUUAGUUGUCCUGAUCUUGUAGCACAUUUGGAACUGAUUCAUCGUACCUGCCGUCGAAGAUGGGCUGUAAAACGAAUUGAAGAUAGUUUAUCUAAUUCGCAGUUACAAUUAAAUACGGAGUAUGUGAAACGUUUGUGUGUUCUUGAAGAAUUGGGUUUUAUCGAUUCAGCAACACAUACUGGUUGUUUGAGUUUAAAAGGUCGAAUUGCUUGUGAAUUGACAAAAAUGGAAGUGUUAAUUACUCAACUAUUACUAAAUGGUUCAUUCACUGAUUUAUCGGCUCCUGAUUUAGCAGCUGUUUUAUCGUGUUUUGUAUUUGAAACACGUUCCACUACUGAUACAGAACAAUUACAACAACACGAUGGACAAUAUUUACACAGUCUACUUGGAUCUCUAAUGAAUUUUACUAAUGAUGAUUGUAAUCAAAAUCAUCUGUCUAAUAGUUGUUCAGAUGUUACUUCUUAUCCUUCAAAUCUUAUACCUGCAUUACAAAAGAUUGUACUAUCUGCUAUAGAGCUAGAGCAAUUACAGAUUAAAUAUGGUCUUACUGAUCCAUCUAUAGACACAAGGAUAACUCUACAGGCUGUAAAUGCUGUUUUUGCUUGGGCUCAAGGUUAUUCAUUCUCAUCAUUGGUUAGUAUGACUAGUGUUCCUGAAGGUCACUUGGUUCGUGGCUUAUUACAACUCGAUGAACUAUUACAUCAUAUAUGCAAUGCUUGUCAUCAUCUGGGUGAUAAAAAUUUAAGUUUACGAAUGAAGGAGGCAAGAAGUUUAAUAUUGCGAGAUCUUGUAUGUGCUCCAAGUUUGUAUACUGCAGAUGAUCUUGUGUGAAUUAUUUUAUUUCUGCAGCAGUCUUAUUUUGUUGAUGAUAUAUACGCAUAUACAUACCUUUAUGCUUUUUUAUAUUACUACUUAUAGUUACACUUGCUAUUUAUUUCAACUGAAAUACUUUUUAUCGAGCAUAUUUAUACUUUUAAUAUCAA